AUGGGGCCCCCGGGCAAUAGGAGAUCAUAGGGCCCCUGUGUCCUUGCCCAAACUCAAAAAAGCCUAUGAAAAAGAAACAACUGAUUAGGAAAAAAAAAAUAAAUAAAGCUCCAGUUGUAAUUAAAUAUUCUUCAUUCAUUUAUAAAAGUGUGAACAUUUGUGAAAUAUACAUAAUGGCCCCCAGGGGCGGACUGACAACUCAUGGGGCCCCCGGGCAAUAGGGGAUCAUAGGGCCCCUGUGUCCUUGCCCAAACUCAAAAAAAGCCUAUGGAAAAGGUACCAGGGGCAUCUCAUGGGGCCCCCUACUGACCCCGGGCCCUCGGGCAGUACCCGAGUUUCCAUAUGGUCAGUCCGCCCCUGAUGGCCCCAAUAC